UUUUACUUAUGAAAUAUUCAUUUUCAAUGAAAACAAUUUGUCUCAGAUUGCGCAUAUUAAGUCACAUUGGCCGGUUUUGUUACAUUAUAACUACCCAUAUUGUCACAUUUUGAAAAAGUUUUCACAUUUUGGAUUGUCUGAAUUUAACACUCGUGAAUUUUUGUUUCCAAUUUCUGCAAUUUUAUAAGUCAAAAUAGGUAUUAAGUUGUAGGUACAUUUUUUAAUUUUAUAAUAUUUUUCUUUUCAUUGACCAAGUCUACUUGGGUAACAUGUAAAAACCGUUUAGAAUAUUCACAAUUUCUUUUUUUCAAUUUUAUAGUCUAUUUUUAGCAGCUAUGUCAAAACGGGAUCCACAACCCAAAUUACUUAAUAUAAAUGCAAUAAAUAAGAAAAUAUAGGCCAAGUCCAGUCGAUGAAUUCCAUUUCGUUUUAAGUUUUCAGCUCUAAAGCACACUGACAAACCCACCGCGACCUAACAGUCGACCACCCACUCCUUCCUUUGAAAACAUCAAUUUCGUCCAUCAGGUAAGGAAUUACGUCUGUUGUGUUUUAAAACCUGAACAGUCAGUUUGGUAGUCGCGCUUUUACACGUUAAAUUUAUCGGUGAAUAAUUUCUUAUCUAGCGGUUAGUAAGCUUUGAUAACAAGUUAAGCUUUAAAAGAAUUAAAAAAAAAAACAAAGUUGCGGGGAGUCUUAUCGAUUAAAUCCGCGCCUUUGAGUCUUGACUCAUUUCAGAUUCGUCAGCUAUUUUCGUACGGUCUAUAUUCUUUUGGAAAUUACGUUGUGUGCUAGAGAGUAGAGUCGCGGGUGUGACUUUGAUCGUGAUACAUUUUUUAGCUACUUUCAGAACAAGAAUCCAACAUGUCUCACAGCGUAACAGUUACCAGAACCACCACAACGACAACCACCUCGGCCAUUAUUAUAAACACCGGUUAUUUGAAAUCAUGGCCUGGUAUACUCAAACUUGCUGAAUUGAUUCUGGGCAUUGUAUGCGUUGGUCUGGUAGGAUACUACUACCAAAAAUACAACAGUUUCACUCAAACUCCGGAAACGUUUUUCCUUCUCAUGGCAGUAACUUUCUUGAUUGGAACGUUUUUGCUGUUACUAUCUUGCCUGAUAUCCAUAUCGACAUCUUCAAUUAUAUCCAAAACCAUUUACGAAGUCAUUUAUCAUGGUUUUGCCUUCCUACUCCUCCUCGCGGCCAGUUUGACUUUUAUCAUUGAAGUAAACCAUAAAAAGAGAUCCUAUUCUAAUGACUAUGAGCCCUAUUUUGCAGCUGCUGUCAUUGGACUUGUUAACAGCGGAUUGUACCUCCUGAGCACAAUUUUUGCCAACAGAAGCUACAGAGGAUUGUAAAGAAACAGUUUUGAAUUGUUUCAUUAAUUAAUUUAUUUUUUUAACUUUUACUUUUUAAACAGUAGAAAUGCAAUUACAUAUUUUAAUGUGCAAAUUAUUUUUUUUACUUUAUACAUCUCUUUGUAAAAUACUCAAAGUAUUUAUUUACAUACCAUAUAGGUUAAUAGCCUUAAAGUUGGCAUUUUUCUGAAAUUUACAUACAUUUUUAAGUGCUCUAUAAAAUUUUAAAAAAAUAUUAUAUUUUUAUGUAGGUACCUACCUACCUACUUAUUUAUAGGAAUUGUGCUGCCAUAUUAUAUAAUAAUAUAAGCUAUAAUAAUUGUGCCUUAAAUGUACUUAUGUCUUAUGUCUUGUGGCUUGUGUCAUCAUAAUAUUUUGAAUAAAGUUUUUUGUUAUUUUUCAA